AUGGAGAACGCAGCAGCAACAGCAGGUGGUUCCAGCGCUAGUUCGCAGCAGCAGCAGCGUCGCAGGCUCACUAAGAGGCCGCCACCACCAUCUUCUGCACACUAUCACCCGCAACUCUCCAACUCGCAGCACUCUCACCAUUCCCACCGAUACAGCACCAACUCGGACGGCCGUGUUGAUGCCCAGUCUCUAGGAAGUGAACGAAGCUCGACCAGCCUACGCCGCGCCCCCAGCGCUCCCCACGGCACCCGCACGCCUACCUCGGCCACAUCUGAAUUCUCGCCACGCUUCCCCGCCGCACCCUCGCCUGCGUUCUCGUUCACAUCAUCCCGGUCGCACACCUCGCCCGCUGUGCCCACCACCACCACCCUUGCUGCUCCCGCCAGCACGUCUGCGGCGCUGUCUGCUUCGUCGCACGGGCAUUACCGCACCCUGCAGACCCAAGCUGACGCGCAGCAGCAGCGCCAGAAGCAGCACCAGAAGAAGCAGCAGCAACCUCGAUCCGUCCCGGCCGACGUGCUCCAGCCCCUCAGCUCCAAGACCUCGGACGAGCUCAUUGGCGCCCCCUUUGACGGCACCGCAAUCCUCGACCGCAUUGCCGCCACCAAGUCUCCGAUCCAGGACCACGACCACGACCACAGCGACAGCGGCAGCCAGAGCAGUCGCGGGAGAAACGACGUCAGCAGCAAACCCGGCGAUAACUACAGCCACACCAAACCAAACCACACCCGUGUCCCACAGCCCCUCCUUCCAUUAGCAACCCGCGCGGACCCCGGGACGCGAACCAUGGGACACUCGCCGCCGCCGCUCCGCCAGUCGGCGACUUUCCCGGCCGGCGACCUGCCCAUCCUAAGCGAAAAGGGCGGUGCUGCCGCGGCAACCACAGCAGCCAAGGCCGAUGGGGCCGGCCUCCACAAGCGCUAUUCGGACGAGUCGAGGGAGAGCAAGCUCCCGAGUGUGCUCAGAAAGAAGUCGGGCUUCUCCGGUUUCAUGAACAGCCUAGUUGGCUCACCCAAGAAGCCUUUGAUUUCAGCACCGGAGAACCCGGUUCACCUUACACACGUCGGAUACGACAGCUCGACGGGCCAGUUUACGGGGCUGCCUAAAGAAUGGCAACGACUCAUCAACGAGAGCGGGAUUACGGAGAAGGACACCCGCGAACACCCGCAGAUCCUCGUCGACGUCUUGACAUUCUACAAGGAAACCCAGGAAAGGCCGCAAGAGGACCAGCAGCUGGAGAAGUUUCACGAUGCUCGGGCAGCAGAUUACCGCGGGCUCGCCACGACCCCACUAUCAGCGACGACCCCUUCUCCGAAUCUCCUCCAAUCGGGCUACGGUGCAAUGUCCCCGUUAAUCAGCCCCCCUGCGAGCCCGAGAUUUCCCAACGUCGCCCACGAAGGCAGUUUCGAGAACCCCCGCGCGCCUCCUCCGGUCCCCAAGGGCUAUCUUGGGCCGGGCAAAGACAUCAACCUCAUGCCGAGCCGCCCCGCACCAAAGCCCCCAACCAGUCUAUCGACGAGGACCCAGGGGGCAUAUCCAACAAUGGACUCUGGUAUUGGAAUGCCACCCCCCGGCGACGAUGUUUCACCUUCUUAUCUGCCCAAAGAUAAUGGGCCGAUGUUGCCCGAAGAGCACAGGUCACGAUCCAACUCGCGAGCAAACGGGACAUCGCCCUAUAUACCCUCCCAGCCUUCCCCCUCAGUCACCUCACCGACCAGCCAGGCGGCGGUUUACCAGCAGCAGCUACUGCAGCAGCAGCAGGAACAGGCUAUGGCCCAAGCCCAGGCCGCCAUGAGUGGCCAGCUAGGGCGGCAGCCAAGCAAGAGGCAACAGCCGAACCCGCAAGCUGCACAGCACUCGCACCAGCAGCACCCGCAGAUGGGUGAUCCAAACGGAGGUAAUCGGGUACCACAGGGGCAACAACCUAGGCUUGCGCAACCGGGCUCGAGGCCACGGCACCGGCCACGGCAGAGCAACGGUGUUGAUGUCGUAGCCGCCCUCAAGAGGAUAUGCUCCGAAGGCGACCCGAGGGAAGUCUACCGCGGCUUUACCAAGAUCGGCCAGGGCGCAUCCGGCGGUGUGUACACGGGCCACGAGAGGGGAACCAACCGGUUGGUGGCCAUCAAGCAGAUGAACCUAGAGCAGCAGCCCAAGAAGGACCUGAUUAUCAACGAAAUCCUGGUCAUGAAGGAAAGCUCGCAUCCCAACAUUGUCAACUUUAUCGACAGCUACCUAUGCGGGGGCGAAUUGUGGGUUGUCAUGGAGUUUAUGGAAGGUGGCAGUUUGACCGACGUUGUGACUUUCAACAUCAUGACUGAGGGGCAGAUUGCGUCAGUAUGCAGAGAAACCCUCCGCGGCCUGCAGCACCUGCACUCCAAGGGCGUCAUCCACCGAGACAUCAAGUCGGACAAUAUCCUGCUUAGCAUGGAGGGCAACAUCAAGCUCACCGAUUUCGGGUUCUGUGCAACGAUCAACGAAGCCCAGAACAAGCGUACAACAAUGGUCGGCACGCCGUAUUGGAUGGCCCCAGAGGUGGUUACGCGGAAGGAGUACGGCCGGAAGGUCGACAUUUGGUCGCUAGGCAUCAUGGCCAUCGAGAUGAUCGAGGGCGAACCUCCCUAUCUCACCGAGUCACCGCUGCGCGCUCUGUGGCUGAUCGCUACUCACGGGACGCCCCAGAUUAAAAACGAGCAGGAGCUGUCGCCUGUUUUCCGCGACUUCCUAUACUUUGCGCUAAAGGUUGACCCUGAGAAGCGGGCCAGUGCCCAUGACUUGUUGAGGCACGAAUUCAUGAAAUCCUGUGUCGACCUCUCCACUCUCUCACCGCUGGUGCGGGCCGCGCGGGAGGCCAGGGCCCAGGAGAAGGCUCGCAAGGGGCAGUAG